CUUGCUUUGCUCAAAAUACAAGCCCUUAAAAACACGAGCUCGCGCUCUGGAAUGUUGGCUUGUGCUGUCUGGAUUGUUCUCCCAAAUGACGUCCGAUAACAACAUUAGCCAUGGCUUGUUCAUAUUUGUUGACCCAAAAAUCCUCUUGUUCUAGGCUUCUACAAGAUAAAUCGUAUGAAAGCUCAUCGUCCAUGUUGCGCAAUAUGAUAGAUGGCAACUUCGUAUCUUACUCCAUACUAUGGCCUCCAGCAAGAUCGCCCACAGCCCUAUUGCGCAGAACCCAUGUCAUUGAGCUUUACGUUGCCACUCAAGGAUGGCGCGCUGGGGACGAUCCCAUUGAGCCAUCAGCAACCCACCAUGUCUCUCAUCAAAGCAGACGCGUCUUAUGUUGUCGCUGCCAUCCCGCGCAUCCUCUCCGCCGUCACGUCCUCCAUAAUCCAACGUCGACGCGAAGCAAGCUGGGCUGAGUUACGGGACAUAUUCUUCUAUAUUCUGAUUUCACUCCUCGAGCUACAGCUUAUUCUCUCGCUCUCUCUACUCUGGCUAGUACUUCCAGGAUUGGUCCUCGUACCCUGGCUAAGUUUGCAGAUAGCCUUCAUCUGGUUUCUUAGUGGUUUUCAAGACGUACCUCGGCCAUAUACGUUUGCUGCGGAUAAGGUGGAAGAGGGCAUUCCGGUCAGCAACGAGCAGGCCUUGGAUUGGUACGUUGUUGGCGGUUUUUUGCGCGAUGAACAGUUAUAUCGAGAGCUUUUACCGAAACUCACGAGAAUCUUUGGGCAUGAUAUGCGUGUAUUUGGUUCCAGUAGAUUUGGGUUUUUACGAGGCAUUAUCCACAUGCUUCUCCAACGGAACCUCUACAUCCCCACGGCAAGAUCGGUUGCUCUUUAUAAUUCCGUAAGAGCUAGUCUUCUAAAACCGGAGACAACGGGCGUGCGCAUCCUCGCGCACAAUACGGGUGCUUUGGACGUCUCCUGGCUACUCGCCCGCCUUUGCGCCGAUUUACCUCCUGGUGAUCGACUGAGCAAGCUUCACGUCUUCACCUUUGGCGCCGCUUCGAUGGAGAUGACCUUGCCUCUAGGAAAUAGUGUGUAUCAGCAGACCGAAGUCAACCCAAAUUCGCCCUAUCCCACUGUUACCCAUUUUGCAUUUGCCGAUGACCCCUUCGCGCAAAUCGGUGUUCUUUUAGGGGUUCGCCAAAGAGUAGAGGGUCGCCUCGUAGGUGGUUUAUAUACCAUCCACAGCGGUAAACUCGCCUCGAAGAGAGGCCGCUUCCUUCCUAAACGUUGUCACUAUACUUUUAACGAUUAUCUUGACGCGCUCCUACCCAACGGCGAUUCCCGGGCCGGUGUGCUCGGCCAGACAUGCAAAAUUGAUCGUGAGCUAAGUGAGAUACGCGAGCUAGCAGCUUUGGCUCAAAGCGUUAAUAAUGAGCGACUCAGGACGCGGAGGGCGCGCCUGAGUUGGACUGCCCUUGGCGUGGUGGCAGAUAGCAUGUCUAAUAGAUAUAGAGACCGUGAUGACAUGGCCGGACCUCUAUCUCUCGAAGAAGUUAGAAAAAGAGGCAAGUCUUUGGAAGGGUUGAAAGGAUACGACAAGAAUCCACUGGCGGAUGCCGUGAAAAAGGAAAAUCGCCGUCGCUCCAGGGCCCAGACCGCAGACCCGGAUACGGGGAAACACGCCGGUAAGGUACAGGUUGGCACUAGUAAGCGCAAUCACCAAAGGGUAAAGCUAUGAAGUGGACGGGUAUAAUGGACAAGCUUAUUUUUCUCUGUUUACAUUUAUUAUACCGUCAUAAGCUUUUUUAUCUAAAGAUCAAAUAAUAAUGUAGUAAUUCAAAUUCAAUACUGCAUUUUAUAGUCUUGAA